AGGUUUACUUGCAUUUCUUUUCCUGCAAAACUUCUGCGAGAAACUUUACUGUGCGUUUCCUGUGCGUAAACUGCAGCAUCAACUGGGGAACUCUAAAUCAAGUCUUUCGAAACCGAGAUCAGGUAAUGUAGACAGAACUCUAAUUUUAAGUUAAUUGAAGUGUCAUUCUCCUUUCUCCCUUUCUGUGAUUGAUUUAGAGUUCUUUGAAGGAAGUUAGGGUUAGAGAUGAAAGGGAUUUUGAAUGUGUAAUAGAGGGUUUUUUUUUUUUUUUUUAAAUGGGUCCUGACUUCAUUCCUCCCCCCGACCUCGUGCAGAGUUUGAGAAAAUGUCCACAGAAGGAACAGAAAGUGUGAUUGGGAGUGAGGUGAUGCCUUUAGACUAUGGGGGUAUGGACUCAGAGAGUAGUCCAUCCCCAUCUAGUUCGGAGAAGACGGUGGAGGGGAUGAGAGAGGAUGAGGUGGUAGAGGUUAGGAGGAACGAGGUGGUAGGGGUUGAGGGAGAUAGCAUACCCAUUACGGUAGUAGAAGUAGAGGGUAGAGGGGAGAGGGAUUAUGAUGAGAAUGCAGAGAUAGUGGAGGAGGUGAAACAGUACCGAUCUGAACUAAGGACCAGGGAUAGCCUGGGUCACUUAGUAGAAAAUUACGAAAUCUCAUCCCGAGUGCUAGUUAGGCCAGCUGGGGUAGAGGAGAGGGCAUGCUCUGCUCCUCAGGAUCAUUGGAUGCCCGUAUACUCCCAUUAUUUGUAUGUUGGCCUUAAGUUUCCAAUUCCAGAGUUGCUUGUAGGAAGUAUGAGAGAUAAGGGGUGGUAUUAUUUCACCCCUAGGGUAGCUAAGAAGGAGAGUAGAAUUUUAUUCACUACGGGUCCUUCAUCCAUUAAGGGAUGGAAGGAAAAAUUCUUUUUUGUGGAUGACACGGAGUGGGGUAAGGGGGAUGCCGAGGUGAGGGCGUUAGCCUCCUGGAAGGCCAAAAGGGCCAACCAGAAUAGGUUUAGUUUAAAUGAGGAUGAGGAGGAAGAAGUGGGGAAGUUGGUGAGGAAGGGGGGAGAUGUGUUGAACAUCAUGGAUCUCACCAGCGCAGCAUGCAUAGAGGCUGCUGAGCUCUAUGGGCCAAGCGCUUUGAGUGAAGCUGAAAUGGACCAGUUUUUGAACACUGCUGGAGGAGCGCCCAUCCCCAAGAAGCCAAGGAAGAAGUCAAAGACUUCAACCAAGAAAGUGGAUGAGGGGAGGACUAGGAAGGAGGUAGUGCCCGUGGCUUCAGCUGAGACGGAAGAAGAGGUGCCAGCGCUGAAGAGGAAAGGUUGGGAGGAGAGGAGGGCACUACAGAAAAAGCAGAAAGUGGUGGAGGAGGAAGAGGGGAAUGGGGUUCCUGAGUUCGUACCUCAGCCUCCUCCUGUUGAGCUGAACCCUGAGCUGAGACAGUUGGAGGAGGGGGCUGAGGUACGGGCUCCUGGUAAGGGAAAGGGCCUUGUUUCCCCAGUGGUGCCUCAGAGCAGCCUGUUCGAGGGAAAUAACGUAAUGGGGGCUAGGUGGUUCAUCAACAGCACCUUCCCCGAAGUGGACAAGCGCAACGCGCGGGAGGAAGCUCUGAGGUACGGGGGAGCAUCUGUUGUGAAGCAUGUUCUUGAGAAGGAGAAGGAGGAGAUGGAGAAGAAAAAUAAAGAUCUGCAAGAGUCGUUGGACGAGGUGGUUCCAACUCUGAAGCAGUUGGAGCAGGAGAGAGCUUCCCUGAGCACUAAGCUCGGCUUUGAAGAGAGCAAACGAAAGAUCUCUGAAAGCGAGCGUGAAGCUCAGGCGGAAGAACUAAAGUUGACGAAGGAGGCUUUCUUGGAGCUGAAGGGGAAUGUGCAGACCUUGGUGCACAAUGGGAUGAAGGAGCACAUCAGCAACUUCAUCAGCUCCAGCUCGUUUGACAACAUCGUCAACUUAUACCGGCUGCCGACUGCCAUCAUUGCAUUCACGGACUGCAGGAAGAAGGUGAAGGUAGAAUAUCCCGAAGUGGAUAUUACGAAGAUCACCUUCGGAGAGCAAGAAGAAGGGGUGGAGGAAGAUGGUGAAAGCAUGUCAGCAGACUUCCGUCCUCAGAUCAAACUGAGGUGGGAGGAUGAUGCAAAUGGGCGUGCUGUUUUCCCUCCACAGUUCGACUUCGAGUUCGUGGCAGUGGAGGAAGAAGGGGCAGAGGUUGAGGAAGAUGAGAUGGAGGCAGGAGCGGAGGGAGCUGAAGUGGAUGAGAACCAACCAGUUCCAGAAGUAGAGAUUCAUCCAGUUCCUUCUGACGAUGAUUAGCCUCCUCUGCCAGACGAGCAGCAGCCAACACAACCACCUCCUCCAGCUGAGUAGGAGCCAAUGCAGUCACCUCUCCAGCAGAGAACUUUUGUUUUUUGUUUUUUUGUUUUUUUUUUUUUUUUGUAAGGGGAGCUCGUGGGCCCCCCCAUGUGGGGCGCAUUUGCGUAUUUGGCCUCAGUGCUCUCAAGCAACCUGAGGUAGCCUCCCCAGGGAUCGAACUCGAGGUCCCGUAGGACUCCUCCCUU